GUGUAUGACAGUAUUGACUUUGGAUUCUCGUCUGAACUCGGCCGAAAGUGGAUGAAAUGCAGCUUCUUACUUAAUCCUCAUCACUGCGAACUUGGUCUACAUUUGACAAUCACCAUUGUUCUGUUAUCUUUCUUCUCCGUCGAUGCAAUGGGCUUCCUCACAGAUUGGCCGUUUAUCGGAUUGAUUGCGGGCAUUCCCCUCAUCUAUGAACUUCUCAGGUCUCCAAGCUCUUCAACAAGCGCCGAUACAAGAGUGCGACCUCGAUGGAGCUCCUUACUAAACGAUAAAGCCUGGUGGAUGCGCGCUGCCUUGCCUAUAUACCUGCUGCACCAGUUCGAAGAGCAUGGCUACGAUUUCAUGGGUAGGCGCUAUGCGUUCCAAGCCUAUUUUUGCAAGAACUUGGGCUUCGAGAGUGUCGAGGCAUGCCCGUUGACUCCUCUCGUCAUCCUCUUUGUCAACGGCUCACUCGUAUGGGUCACUGGGCUUGCUGCUCGAGUGAAUAUCCGAAAUGCGAGAAGCUUCUACGGAUUGACACUUAUCAACGGGUUGACGCACGUUCUACCAGCAAUAUUAGUUGGGCCAAAGUAUAAUCCAGGCCUUGCCACUACGCUGAUAUUGUUCUUUCCCGGGGCAUUCUUUGCUCUCCGGGCACUAGGUGGUGCUAAAAGAGCAAUUGCAGCUGGUGUUGUAGCCCACAUCAUCUUGAUGGGCUCAAUGAAGCUUGCUGCCAAAGGGGUUGUCCCUGAAGGGGUUCUCUGUGGGGUGCAAGUGCUGGACACCCUUUUGUUGCUUGCGUUCUGA